AUGACUUUGCGCGAGUGGUGCCAUGAUCUCGAGAAAGUCCAUCUCGAUGUCAAUAUACGGCAGCCUAUCAAUCUGGCCAUUGCCCUCGCGUUCUUAAUUCAAUCCGGACGAGAGAACAUUAGCGUCACUCCGAUUGACCUCGAUUUUGUGUGGACUUUGAUUUACGGCGCUCUAAUUUCUGAUUCGAUUCAAUUUAAGGCGAAUCGUAGCGCACUAGGCUAUCAUUCCGUGCCUCUUUGGAGUCAUGGGAAGGACGGGAAUAUCGAUGAACUCUUCCGCCUCCACGUUUGGAUUCCGGAUGACCACGAAAAACGAACCCCAAUAUCUAACAUUCAUACGCAUCAGGCUUUUGGUCAAGGCUGGAUCUUAACAGGUCUAGGUACAGACUAUGUUCAUGAAAUCGAGUCAGCUGAUAUGAGCACUGCUACUCAUACCGAGUUCAACAUAGCUUGGAAUAAGGACAAAUCGGAAGCCAACGACAAAAUUACUCAACAGUCCGCGCCCUCCACUAUGACGAAUACGGGAAGCUUAGUUCGUGCAGUUGCAGGCUCGAGGCGACCGCAUUCCCGAGGGAUGAGUUACACCGUUCCGGCCGGAAAAUAUCAUAGCUUGGACGUCGGUCCUGACGAGUUGCACGCCACCCUCUUCUUCUUCGACUCCCGCCGUGGCUUUCAAGUGGAUGCCCCAGCAUUAGGUCCAAUUCAUGGGUCGAGCCUCAUUUUGCCUCGUACUGCUCCAGGCGUGAUGGCGGCUCAACUUGCAAAGACUGUGGACUGCUUACGUCAGUGGGAAGUACUCUCUGCACUGGGGAAGCUGCACGUCCGCAACGCUGAGUGGGAAGAAGGUUUACGCGCACUCCGAAAGGCUGAGCGCCUUUGCAUCAUUCUUGAUGGAGAAUCACAUUCUCCCCUCAAACAUGCUCCACGCUAUAAAUGGGCCGUUCAAGGAGAAAUUGGACACGCGUAUCGAAUGCUUGGACGAAACAGUGACGCGAUUGAACUUUUAGACACUGCCAUCAAACAAAUGCCACCAAACCUUCAGCGUAUCGAGCUCAUGGGAGAAUUGUCAGUGGUAUACCGACACUUGAAUAGGUUGGAAGCUUCGAAGCACUGCAGUGCAGACGCAUACAAGACUGCCAAACAACUUCUUUCGGCAGAAGCGACUCAAGAUCCUGGAGCAAAGUUGAAAUUGGAGAAAGAGAUGUGCCGCGCGAUUGGCGAUUGGGGAAUGGUCAAUUAUCAGCUUUACCUAGACACCAGAGACUCGGACUUGUUGGAUCUUGCAAUGAAUCAGAUGACAGAAAGAAUCGACAUUGCUCGACGCGUGAAAGCGGCUCCCGAAUUGGAGUCGCUCAACGGGGAAGAGCAAGAGGAGCUAAGGGAAUACUGUUCACAGCGAGAAGCGAUCGCCCUUGCCCGCUUAUCGCUAUGUUUCGCGGAGAAGGGAGAGCUUGAUAAAGCCGUCACCGCAGCGCGUCAAGCUCUUGACAUUCAACGUAAUACUCAGAGCGAUCCCACCAAGAUUGCUUUCUCAAGAUACUUUUACGGUCGGGCCUUACUUCGUUCCGGUCGAAAAGAAGAAGCAAAGAUUGAAUUCAAUCCGCCCAAUACAUGUACGCCCACAAUCGCCCUUUGCAAAGAGUCUUCCGACGAACAUCGUAGUUACAUACGCGAAAUGAUUGCGGCAGGCGCCGACAUGGAACUCAGAGAUGAGCAAGGUUACUCUGCGUUAGAAUGUGCAGUAUAUUGUGGCGAUAUUGCCACACAACUUGUAAUCGAGGAAGGCCUGCGGAAGAAGUUCCUCGAAGAAACAGACCAUGCCCAAAGUGAUGCUACAAGUAACAAAAGCACGAGUCUGCUCCUCACACCUGAAGAAAGACUAGAUCGUCUACGCUACGAGGCGCAUGUUCGGAAAGGGUAUAGGCAGCUCGUCCAAGAUACAUUGCGACCAGUCUUACUACAAGCACAGGGCAGCUCUGGCCUGGAUCAGCUUCGAACCGAAUAUGCGAACGCGCUCAAGGAUGUGAACAAGGAAAAGCUUCUAUUCGACAGCUUUAAAGUCGUGUACUAUUCAGACUUCAUCAGGGCCAGGAGGAUUCCUAAAUAUGGCGAUGGCUUCACAAAAGAAAUCAUCUCCAACGCCGGUGGCGUUAGUGUGGGCGAGUUCAUCAUAUUCUUCUCAUACAGAUGGAUUGGCAGUCUUCUAGGGCAACCUGGCGCUUCACCGGACGACGAUAAUAAUACUCAAUAUCAGCGUAUGGUCCGCGCGCUGAAUGAGUUCCUUCAGGCUCGUCCUCACAUUGACCAAAAGAAGCUAUGCGUUUGGAUAGACUAUGCUUGCGUUGAUCAAAGUAUCGGCGAUUUGCAGGCGGCUGGUAUUGUUUCACUGCCCCUGAAACUCGCACAGUGCAGUGCUAUGAUCAGCCUUACUGACGACCACUACUAUGAGCGGUCAUGGUGCUGUAUCGAGGUAAUGAUGAUGCAGACGCUACGGAGAUCAUACAAGUUUCACAUGUGGUUCGAGGAUGCACACGAUGAAGUCAGCGGAACACGAGUCUUUCGGGAAGCUCCAGUAGAUCUGGAGAUCAACAUGGCCGAGAAGAAAGUUACCUUUGAACAUGAUCGGCCAACAUUGCUGUUUCUAGAACGUCAAACCAAACUGCUGGAGUAA